UCCUGUGACCAUGCUUACAAAAGAUGCCCCAGGCAGCGGAGCUUCUAAACCCAAGCCAAAGCCAGCCAAAGUGAAAGCUGAGCCACCCCCCAAGAAGAGGAAAAAAUGGCUCAAGGAAGCAGUAUCUUCUUCAGACUCAGAUUCCAGCCCUGACCAGCAGAGUGAGGAGGAACAUGUGCCCACAGUUCACAUUCUCAAUACACGAGCCAUGAAGGAGAUGUACCGCAGUUACGUGGAAAUGCUGGUCAGCACUGCCCUUGAUCCAGACAUGAUCCAAGCUCUUGAGGAUACAAACGAUGAACUUUAUCUCCCGCCCAUGAGGAAAAUUGAUGGGAUUUUGAACGAUCAUAAGAAAAAGGUGCUGAAGAGAGUGUCGCUGAAUCCAUCGCUACAGGAAGCACUCCACAUGUUCCCCCAACUCCAUGCCGAGACAUGUGAUACAACAGUUAAGUUGCUCCCAGGUGGUGAUCCCUACAACCGCAAGACACUCAACAAACUCAAGAAGAAUGUAUCCAAACCACAACUCUGUACCAUUCCCUUCACCACUACAAAUACCACACCUUUCUGCGUUGUAAAGAUGAGACAACGGCCAUUGAGGGUCAAGAUGAAGAUUUGGGCCAGGAGGAGGUGGUGCAGCAGUGCAUGCGCAACCAGCCAUGGUUGGAGAAACUCUUUGACUCCUUCAGCGAGUUGCUGACUCAGGCGCAAAGCAAAUGUGCAUGACACGGUCAUCAGAGCUACGCCCCAGGAGGGGCCGCCUAACGCCUGCCCCUCUGCAGAGCCAGAGCAGGAAGUGGGGAGAGGAAAGUCGAGGGGUAUCAUUACAGGCAACGAGUUCAGACUCAGCUCACACCACCACCACCACCACCACUCCCCCUUCUCCUUGGGGGUUUCUCUUUUUCCUUAAACAGGACAUGGGACAAGCCUCUACUAUGGUGGUGGAGAGUGGAGGUUUGCUAUGGCAGACAGGACAUGUUGAAGAGGGUUCUCAUCAAAUAAUUGGAUGGUUGGA